AUGGGUACAGAGAGGGGCCGGCAGCUGGGCAGCCUGACCGUGUUCAGCAAGGAGGAUUUUGAGGAUGACUGGGUGCGAGUGGCCAGCGGGGGCUUUGGCCACGUGUACCAGGUGAAGCACAGGAGGUGGAGGACGGUCUAUGCUGUGAAAUGCUCCCCGUACCUGCUGCAGGACUCCAGCACCGACAGGACCAGCAUGAACUGCCUAAUGGAAGAGGCAAGCAAGAUGGAGAAAAUCAAAUUCCAGCACAUUGUCACCAUCUACGGGGUGUGCAACAGCCCUCUGGGGAUAGUGAUGGAAUAUAUGGCCAGGGGGUCCUUGGAGAGAAUCCUUCCCACUCACAGAAUGUCCUGGCAGCUGAAAUUCCGCGUGAUCCAUGAGAUGGGCUUGGCCAUGAAUUUCCUGCACAGCAUGAGCCCUCCUCUGCUGCACUUGGAUCUGAAGCCAGGGAAUGUCCUCCUGGAUGGGAACAUGCAUGUCAAGAUCUCUGACUUUGGGCUGUCCAAGUGGAUGGAGCAAUCCAGCAGGAUGCAGUACAUCGAGAGCUCAGCUCUGAGGGGCACCCUGAGCUACAUCCCCCCCGAAAUGUUCCUGCAGAACAGCAAACCCCCGGGGAUCAAGUACGAUGUGUACAGCUUCGGGAUCGUCAUCUGGGAGGUUCUCAUGCAGAAGAAACCUUACGCAGGGGCCAACAUGAUGGCCAUCAUCGUGAAGGUGGCAGCGGGGAAGAGGCCGGGGCUGGAGCUGGUCAGGGACGACUGGCCCGGGGAGUGCCACCAGAUGGUCGACCUGAUGAAGAGGUGCUGGGACCAGGACCCCAAGCAAAGGCCAAGCUUUGCAGAUAUCCCUGUGGAGACAGACGUGCUGCUGGCCCUGAUCCAGAGCCUGGUGCAGGACCCGGAGAACGAGCGCCUGGUCAGGAAGAUGUCCCACAAACCGGCCAUCUCCAGGAGCCAGCAGAGUGACAAAGAGGAGCUCACCUUCCCCCCAGACACCAGGAGUGGGGGAAAGGCCAAGGAGGAGGCUCCUGGCCCAGCUCCGCGCGGGGAGGCCGGGAGCCCCGAGGAGCUGGGGCCCGAGGAGCUGGGCAGGCUGCAGGAGAACGGCCUGACCCUGCUGCACCUCAUGGUGCUGCAGGGCAACGUGGCCAAGGUGCGGCUGCUGCUGGGCCGCCGGGCCGGCGUCAACAGCGCGGCGGGCGGCGGCUGCACCCCGCUCACGGCGCCGACGUCAACGCCGCCGACNACCCCGCUGCACGUGGCUGUGGAGAGGGGAAAGUUCAGGGUGGUGCAGUAUCUGCUGAAGAACGGCAUCUCCGUCAACAGCCUGGACCAGAACCACUACAGCGCCCUGCACCUGGCCGUGGCCCGGGGCAAGUACCUGAUCUGCGAGAAACUCAUCAAAUACGGGGCCAACGUGGAGCUGAGGACGGACAAAGGCUGGACCCCCCUGCACCUGGCCGCCUUCAAGGGGCACGUGGAGAUCAUCCGGCUGCUGAAGGGCAGCCGCGCCCGGCUGGACGCCAAGGGCAGCAUGGACUGGACGCCGCUGCACCUGGCCACGCGCUACGGGGACGAGCCGGCGGUCAGCGAGCUGCUGCGCUGCGGGGCCGACCCCAACACCGCAGAGAGGUCCCACUGGGCCCCCCUGCACUUCUCCGUGCUCAGGGGCUCCUUCCUCAGCGUCAUCAACCUCCUGGAGUGCCGGGCCGACGUCAACGCCAGGAACAAGGUGGGCUGGACCCCGCUGCACCUGGCCGUGCUCAAGGGCAACAUGGCCAUCAUCAAGACCCUGCUGAAGGCCGGGGCUCUGCUGGACGUGGAGGACAUCACGGGCUGCACGGCCCUGCAGCUGGCGGUGAGGCACCAGCGGGAGAACAUCAUCACCCUGCUCCAGGGCAAGGAGUCCUCGGGGAACAAGGGUGAGAACAGGACUCUGAACGAUGCCAAGAUUGCCAGGCUCGUCCCAGGAAGGACAGAUCUGUAAAUUCAUCAGCUCUGGAAUUUGCAGCUUGAGCUUUCCCACGUCAGGUGUGAUGCCUUAAAGCACCUUGUCCUGUCACCUGCUGAUUGCAGGAAAAUAUUUCCCCUUUUUAAAUGGAAGGUUUUAAGCAUGAACACUAAGAGAGUAAAAGAAAAUGAGGUUAUUUGAUGGCAACUUCUUUUCCCAGCUUGUAGAAGGUUUUGGCUUGGUGACACUUUAGGCAGUGCUUUCCUACUGAAUCCUUCCUGAGCAGGGAUUUAUGCACCCCCUGUUCAUGCAGGCAGUGCUGAAGCUGUGCACAGCACACACACGCCUUCCACAGCUUUUAUUGCUUUUAUUCCAUGUUUUCCUACAGAGAAAAUUGGUGUAAAAUGGCCCUGGCACAGGUGGGAAUUGAAUCGUGAGAUUCUCACCUGCUGCUGGCACAGCAAUGUGUCAGAUUUCCUGACAUCUCCUUUCUGCAACAAGAAUCAAAUGAGGCAGGAAAAUCACUGGGAGAGAAUAUUGAAAUGGAUGCAGCACAGGGAGCAGAAAUUCCAGAACAAUCACACACGAGAUCUGGCUGCUUGCAGGUCAAGGUCCGAGUCGUGUCUCUGGGGGGAAAAUAAUUCCUGCUUUCCUUCGGGAAGAUGUUCCAGAGCUCGAUCACUCCAGUGAAAAACAUCUUCUUGGUGGAUUUGCUUCCCUUGUGGCAGUGAGCAGCACUGUGUGCAGCUCUGACAGCCCUGCUGUGAUUCCUGUCCCCAGAAGUGCCUGCUGGGAGGGUGACUUGUGGUGGCCUGGAGCUGGGCAGAGGCUGGAAUAGAAACAAACAACCCCAGCUCUGCAGGGAAGCUGUUAUGGCCUGAUAAAGUGAGAUUAAAUGGGUUAAAAAGAGGGGUUAAAAAGCCCAGCCUCUACUAAUUUUGUUUUCAUUUUAUAUCAGCUUAAAGUAUUGAUGUGUGCUGUAUUCAAAUCCAGUUUUUCAUGAUGCUUUGGCACCAAAGCCUUUAGAUAUCAUUUAAAAUAAAUUGUAAUGAAAUGAUUCAUUUUCAACAUUUGCCUUUGGUGAAGGGAGGAGCUGGGCAGGUUAUGAAGUGAAAUGCUGGUGACAUUUUGGGUUGCAGGGAGUGUAAAAAAUGGACUUUUUUUAUUGCAUCCACCAAAAGAAAAAAAAAA